UGUGGGGGUGAGGAACAUUAGCUAAGACACAUGGGUAAUGGUGUGUGGGGGUGAGGAACAUUAGCUAAGACACAUGGGUAAUGGUGUGUGGGGGUGAGGAACAUUAGCUAAGACACAUGGGUAAUGGUGUGUGGGGGUGAGGAACAUUAGCUAAGACACAUGGGUAAUGGUGUGUGGGGGUGAGGAACAUUAGCUAAGACACAUGGGUAAUGGUGUGUGGGGGUGAGGAACAUUAGCUAAGACACAUGGGUAACCAGAUUGCACACCUGAGAGAAUACUAUAGACAUCAAGAAAGCCAGCUGGUUGAUUAUUGACAAGUUUUUCCAACACUUUUGAUAAACAGGGCAAGAUGAUAUAAAUAGGCCUAUAACAGUUAGGAUCAGCUUGAUCUCCCCCUUUUAAAUAAAGGACGAACUGUGGCUGCCUUCCAAGCAAUGGGAACCUCCCCAGACAGGAGAGACAGGUUAACAAGGUCGGAGAAAGGCUUGGCGAUGAACCUUAAGGUGGGAGAUGAGGAAAUGGCUGAGUCAAAUAGGAAAUCCUGACUUAAUGAAGUGGUGAUUAAAGAGCUCAGCCAUGUGCUUCUUGUCAGUAACAACCACAUCAUCAUUAAGGGACAUGGGCAGCUGUUAAGAGGAGGGUUUAUUCUCCAGGUUUUUAAUUAACCGUUUUCCAGAACUUCUUGGGGUUUAGACCCACAGAGAGAGAACUGCUCCUUAAAGUAACUAACUUUGGCCUUCCGGAUAGCCUGAGUGCACUUAUUUCUCAUUUUCCCGAACGAGAGCCAGUCAGCCUGAGUAUGCGUGUGCCGAGCCUUUCACCAAAUGAGGUGGAGUAACUCUGCAAGAUCACGGUCGAACCAGGGGCUGAACCGGUUUAUAAUUCUCAUGUUCUUUUUGAGGGCGUGUUUGUUCACAAUACCACUGAAAAUAUCAAAAAAGAAGGUCCAAGCGUCUUCGACAGAGGGGGACACGCUGAUUCUCUACCAUUUUACAGAGGGGAUCAAGCUGAUUCUAUACCAUGUUACAGAGGGGGUCAAGUUGAUUCUAUACCAUUUUACAGAGGGGGUCAAGCUGAUUCUAUACCAUUUUACAGAGGGGGAUCAAGCUGAUUCUAUACCAUUUUACAGAGGGGGGUCAAGCUGAUUCUAUACUAUUUUACAGAGGGGGGUCAAGCUGAUUCUAUACCAUUUUACAGAGGGGGGUCAAGCUGAUUCUAUACCAUUUUACAGAGGGGGGUCAAGCUGAUUCUCUACCAUUUUACAGAGGGGGGUCAAGCUGAUUCUCUACCAUUUUACAGAGGGGGGUCAAGCUGAUUCUCUACCAUUUUACAGAGGGGGGUCAAGCUGAUUCUCUACCAUUUUACAGAGGGGGGUCAAGCUGAUUCUAUACCAUUUUACAGAGGGGGGUCAAGCUGAUUCUAUACCAUUUUACAGAGGGGGGUCAAGCUGAUUCUAUACCAUUUUACAGAGGGGGUCACGCUGAUUCUAUACCAUUUUACAGAGGGGGGUCAAGCUGAUUCUAUACCAUUUUACAGAGGGGGUCAUGCUGAUUCUCUACCAUUUUACAGAGGGGGUCAAGCUGAUUCUAUACCAUUUUACAGAGGGGGGUCAAGCUGAUUCUAUACCAUUUUACAGAGGGGGUCAAGUUGAUUCUAUACCAUUUUACAGAGGGGGGUCAAGCUGAUUCUAUACCAUUUUACAGAGGGGGGUCAAGCUGAUUCUAUACCAUUUUACAGAGGCCAGUUCAUGAAGGAAGGCUUUCUCGUUAGUUUUUUAGCAAGCAUCUAUGACAAAUCAGGACAGGUCAUUUCACUGAGCAGCCAUUACGAACACAGGCUGUAACACAGUGAUCACUAAGGUCAUUACAGAAAACACCAGACUGAUACCCAUCAGGAUUAUUUGUGAGGAUAACAUUGAGGAGAGUAGCCUUUUCUGGGUGUUUGGAGUCAUACUUUGUGGGAUUGGUAAUAAUCUGAGAAAGAGUUUGGGAGUCCCGUUGUUUUAGGACCUGGUCAGGUGGUUUAAGCAUGUCCCAGUUUUUAGGUCACCAAUCAUGUCCAUUUAAUUGCAUUUACCACAGGUGGACACCAAGUUGUAGAAACAUCUCAAGGAUGAUCAAUGGAAACAGGAUGCACCUGAGCUCCGUUUUGAGUCUCAUCAAAUGGUCUGAAUACUUAUGGGAGGGGCCUGUAGACGAGUUGACGCUGGAGCGCACCAUGGAGGCGUUGGAGCGUCAGUGCCAUGACAACAUGAACCACGCCAUCGACACGGUAGAAGGGCUGGGCAUCGAGUACGACGAGGACGUCAUCUGUGACGUGUGUCGCUCCCCCGACAGCGAGGAGGGCAACGACAUGGUCUUCUGUGACAAAUGUAACAUCUGUGUUCACCAGGCGUGUUAUGGUAUAGUGAAGGUACCAGAUGGUAACUGGCUGUGCAGGACGUGUGUCCUGGGCAUCGACCCCCAGUGCCAGCUGUGCCCCAUCAAGGGAGGGGCGAUGAAGGCUACGAGGGCGGGCACCAAGUGGGCACACGUCAGCUGUGCCCUGUGGAUCCCUGAGGUGAGCAUAGCGUGUCCAGAGAGGAUGGAGCCCAUCACCAAAGUGUCUCACAUCCCCCCCUCCCGCUGGUCUCUCAUCUGCAGCCUCUGUAAACUGAAGACUGGAGCCUGCAUACAGUGCUCAGUGAAGAACUGCACCAUCCCGUUCCAUGUGACGUGUGCCUUCGAGCACAGCCUGGAGAUGAAGACCAUCCUGGAUGAAGGAGACGAGGUGAAGUUCAGGUCCUACUGCCUGAAGCACAGCAAGCCCAAGAACCAGGCCUCCUCCGACCCACCAGCCCCCGGCCUCAGCCCCUGUCAGCCAGCCCACAGCAAGCAGUCCAAGGCAGGGAAGCCAGGCUCCGGUCUCAGUCCGGCCCGGCCCAAACCCCCCGUAGACCCAGAGAGGGGGGGCCUGAGGGCCCAGAGGUUACUAGAACUGGAGGAGGAGUUUUCUACUCUGAUUCACCCGGAAGAGCUGGCCCUGAACCUGGGCCUCCCUCCCAGCCUGCUGGACUUCAUCUACCAGUACUGGAAACUGAAGAGGAAGAGUAACUUCAACCGUGCUCUGCUGCCCCCUGGUGAGGAGGAGGAGAACCUGCUGCUGUUGCCUCAUGAAGACAGCAUCCACACACGAAUGAGGAUGUUCAUGCACCUCCGACAGGACUUAGAGAGGGUGAGGAACCUCUGUUACAUGGUGAGUCGGAGGGAGAAGCUGAAACUGUCUCAGAGCAAAGCCCAGGAGCAGAUCUUCAACCUCCACGUCAAACUGCUCAGCCAGGAGGUCUCCGCCGGUCUGCCGGUGGACAGCAUGUUGUUCCGGCCUCCUCCCAGAAUCACCCUGAAGCUGAAGAUGCCCAAAGUGUCGCUGGGUAACGGGAAGACCGGCUCCAAGUCGGGCAACGGCCCCCUAUGUCCAGAUAACAGCGGGAAUGUUCACCAACGCAGUGGGGGAGGGAAGGGGCUAGGGAAGGGAGGGGGGAAGGGUAAAGGAGGAGGGAAGCCUCAGCUCCAUGGGCGAGGCAGGAGAGAGGAGCGCUCCAAUGGCAGUCUGUUGUCUGCUUCAGGUCAGUCACGUCGGGAGGAGAGUAAUGCCAGUGGACCAACGCUGACUAACCGCGCUGCCAGGGGCUCGGCCCAGACCGGCAAGCCUCUAAUGGCUAAACCGUUGCCGCUCAACGCCGCCCUACAUGGCCACCCUUCCAAUGGAAACGGCAACCUGGACCAAGAGAGGACAGGGCCCGUUCCUAGAUCCAACGGCGUGAUGGUGGGCGUGGCCCAGAAGGACAGCUCUUGUCAGACCCCCAGCGAACAGGAAACCAGCGAGGGUUCAGGGGUCAAGGCCAGCCAAUCAGUCGGCUUCAGUGAUUCCACCAUGGAGCACUUCAGCCGGUCGUUCAAGGAAGCGACGGUCAGCUUGGUGCGGACCACGGAGGACCUGCGGGGGGACAAGGUGUCCCAGGGGGGUAAAGGCCCCAGAUCGGCCCAGGACCUGCGGGGGGACAAGGUGUCCCAGGGGGGUGAAGGCCCCAGAUCGGCCCAGGACCUGCGGGGGGACAAGGUGUCCCAGGGGGGUGAAGGCCCCAGAUCAGCCCAGGACCGACCCUGGGCCAAACCAGCUCCCAGAAUCCCCCAGGGACUCUGUGGUACCAGAUCACCACCCUACCAGGAGACGGACGGAUACUGCCCUGACCUGGAGCUCAGUGACUCAGAGCCAGAGGCUAAAGGUCAGAGGUCGAGGCAGGGUAGGGUUAAGCAGAGUCUGGGGGGGUCCGGUAGGACCUCAGUACAGAGGUGACAGCCAUGACCUUUGCCCCCGGCUCUGUCAGAGCGAGCAGCUCUCUGGUCACGGGGCAGAGCCUCUACAAUGUCUGGGCCGUCUGUCUAUUGUACACAGGGACACUGGGACAGGAGCACUGGGACUGAUGCAUGACAGGCGUCCUGACCUGGAUCAUCACCUCAGUGGGACUCUAAGCCACAUGUCUUUAAUGGAUUUUUUUUGUUCUCCCUCCAUGCUCGGUGUGAACGGAGCGCCCUCGGACUGUCUUCUGAUUACGUGUCUUUUUAUCUUCUCUGCUCUGGCUAGAAAUGAUUAGAGCCUGAAUGAUGGGGGUUUGUUUUACAGCGGAGAAAUUCAAGUGUAAUUUUUCCACUCUGAAGUCUCGUAAAUUGCCAUCCAAAAUACUAAUUGUCCAAUAAAUAUGCUUCAAAUGUGGAUUUUUUAUCCUAUCGGUCGAUCUCUACUCAGCGUCCCUAUCGAGGUUAACAUCUACAUAAUAGGUGAAUCUACACUCCCUCUCCAUUUCUGCCGAUCUCUUGAGCUGCUUCCUGUCCUUUCACAUCAUCUCAGUUGAGGAAACUGCUCGUUGACCAGCCAGUUCUUCCACUCGUCUCUAUUUCCAGAGUUGGACAGAGGGAGCGUCUCCUUUAAGAGAAUCAUUCACCAUGUUUUUGAUAUGUAUGGAAGUCCCUGACUGUGUAUUGGUAUGAUUUUGUAUCCUUUUUACUAGGGAAUAAAUAGUAUAUUUAAUCAAA